CCCGCCCUCCGCGCCCGGCCCGCAGAGCUCGCCGCCCACUCUCCGCGCUCCCGCGCUCCGUUCCGCUCAGGCCGCGCCCAGCUGGAAUGCAGAGAUCGCCGCCCGGCUACGGCGCACAGGACGACCCGCCAGCCCGCCGCGACUGUGCAUGGGCCCCGGGACCCGGGGCCGCCGCUGAGCCGCGCGGCCUCCCCGCCGCCCCCGCCGCGCCCGCCGCGCCCGCCUCGCCGCCCACCCCGCAGCGCAGCCCGCCGCGAAGCCCCGAGCCGGGGCGCUAUGGCCUCAGCCCCGCCGGCCGCGGGGAGCGCCAGGCGGCCGACGAGUCUCGCAUCCGGCGGCCCAUGAACGCCUUCAUGGUGUGGGCGAAGGACGAGCGCAAGCGGCUGGCACAGCAGAAUCCGGACCUGCACAACGCGGUGCUCAGCAAGAUGCUGGGCAAGGCGUGGAAGGAGCUGAGCACGGCGGAGAAGCGGCCCUUCGUGGAAGAGGCGGAACGGCUGCGCGUGCAGCACCUGCGCGACCACCCCAACUACAAGUACCGGCCGCGCCGCAAGAAGCAGGCGCGCAAGGCCCGGCGGCUGGAGCCCGGCCUCCUGCUCCCGGGCCUGGCGCCCCCGCCGCCGCCGGAGCCCUUCCCCGCGGUGCCCGGCCCGGCCCGUGCUUUCCGCGAGCUGCCCCAGCUAGGCGCUGAGUUCGACGGCCUGGGGCUGCCCACGCCCGAGCGCUCGCCGCUGGACGGCCUGGAGCCCGGAGAGGCUGCCUUCUUCCCGCCGCCCGCGGCGCCCGAGGACUGCGCGCUGCGGACCUUCCGCGCGCCGUAUGCUCCGGCCGAGCUGCCCCGGGACCCCAGCGGCUGCUACGGGGCGCCCCUGGCCGAGGCGCUCAGGACCGCGCCCGCGCCCGCCGCGGCGCUUCCAGGCCUCUACUACGGCGCCCUGGGCGCGCCCGGCCCGGGUGCGUAUCCCGGCCCGCUGUCGCCGCCGCCAGAGGCCCCGCCGCUGGAGGGCACGGAGCCCCUGGGGCCCGCCGCCGACCUGUGGGCCGACGUGGACCUGACCGAGUUCGACCAGUACCUCAACUGCAGCCGGACUCGGCCCGACGCCGCCGGGCUCCCGUACCACGUGGCGCUGGCCAAGCUGGGCCCACGCGCCAUGUCCUGCCCGGAGGAGAGCAGCCUGAUAGCCGCGCUGUCGGACGCCAGCAGCGCCGUGUACUACAGCGCGUGCAUCUCGGGCUAGGCGGCCCGCGGGCCUGGGCGCAGCGCCUCCCACGGCAGCCGCCGACCGCACGCCGCCGACCGCCGCUCUGUCUGCUGUGCGUGUAGCUGCGGGUACUUGCAACAGUCCCGCAGGAAGCGGCGACGCGUGCGCUCGGCCGCCCGCCGCGGCGGCGCUCUGCUGGGUGGCUCCCACGUGCCCAGGGGCUUUUCAGGGAGCCCAGGCCUAGGACCUGUUGGCUGGCCCUGCCAACGUUAAGUUUUUGAAGCGCCUAAUCCUUUUCCUGCAGUGUAUUUUCUAGAACCAGGCUGUAUUUGUUACUUUGCCUUUUAUAUACAUAAUACAAUAUAUUUAAUAUUUUUAAUUUUUGAACUUUUUCUUUCAAGGGGUUUCACUGACUAAAAGCAUCAGCGUAGCAGGGGCUUUUCAAAUGUGAGCAAUGACAACGCUUGUUUGCUGUAAAGGAAAGGAGCCCCUGGGCGCGGUAAGGCCACAAUAAAGUCCCUCGCCUUUCGUCUGACACCCGCCUCUGUGCUUGUUGGGGCACCCUAGACGUGCCCUUCCCUCCAGAUCGCCCCAGACAGCCUGAUCCUGGCG